UGCUCGGUUUACUCAGGCUGCUGACUACAAGCUGAAUCUGUCGAGUUUAACGGUACAGCGUCGCUUCGGUCUGCGGAACAAACGAAGUGAGGUUAAACAAAUAUGAAACUCAUCGGAAACGGAAUAAGAGUGUCUUUAGGAACCCUUUCCCUUCUGCUUUGCCUGUAUUCAGUCAGAGGUGACUACUGUGAAGUAAACCUUUGCCACAAUGGAGCCACGUGCGUUACAGGCGUAGGAGAUGAACCCUUCAUCUGCAUCUGUGCGGACGGCUUUGGCGGCGACACCUGUAACCUGACGGAGACAGGACCCUGCAAUCCCAACCCCUGUCGAAAUGACGGGACUUGCAAGGUCAUUGCUCCGACCAGACGUGGAGAUGUCUUUAAUGAGUACGUCUGCACGUGUCAGCCGGGUUUCGAGGGAGUGCACUGCCAGAUCAAUGUGAACGACUGUGCAAAAGAGCCUUGUAACAAUGGGGGGAUAUGUCGAGAUCUUGAUGGAGAUUAUACCUGCCAGUGCACCUCGCCAUAUGUCGGAAAGCAGUGCCAGCAACGAUGUAUUUCUCUGCUGGGGAUGGAAGGAGGAGCGAUUGUGGAGUCCCAGAUCACUUCUUCCUCUGUGCACUAUGGUGUCCUGGGUCUUCAGCGCUGGGGUCCAGAGCUGGCUCGACUCAACAACCACGGCAUCGUCAACGCCUGGACAUCGGCAGCCUACGACAGAAACCCUUGGAUAGAGAUCAACAUGCAGAAGAAGAUGCGUUUGACGGGCAUCAUCACUCAGGGAGCCAGUCGCAUGGGCUCAGCCGAGUACAUCAAAGCCUUCAAGAUGGCAAGCAGCUUUGAUGGGAUCAGUUACAUCACCUACAAAGCAGAUGGCCAACGCAGGGAUAUGGUUUUUGUGGGCAACACUGAUAACGACAGUACAAAGACAAACCUUUUCGACCCCCCUAUCGUGGCCCAGUACAUCCGCAUCAUCCCCGUGGUUUGUCGCCGGGCCUGCACGCUGCGCCUGGAGCUGGUGGGCUGUGAACUCAACGUUUAUUCAAACACGACAGGUUGCUCGGAGUCUUUGGGAAUGAAGUCUCGGCUCAUCUCGGAUGAGCAGCUCUCAGCCUCCAGCAAAUUCCGCACGUGGGGCAUCGAUACUUUCACCUGGCACCCCCAGUUCGCCCGACUGGACAAGGCGGGGAAGACCAACGCCUGGUCUCCCGCCCACAACAACCGCUCCGAGUGGAUCCAGGUUGAUCUGCAGAAAACAAAGCGCCUCACUGGCAUCAUCACUCAGGGUGCUAAGGACUUUGGGGUGGUGCAGUUUGUUUCAGUGUUUAAAGUUGCAUAUAGCAACGACGGAGAGUCGUGGAAAGUAGUGAAUGAUGAGAACACCGGCAGUGAUAAGCUUUUCCAAGGAAAUAUUGACAACAACACUCACAAGAAGAAUCUGUUCGAGCCUCCGUUCUACGCUCGCUAUGUCAGGGUCAUCCCCUGGGAAUGGCACGAACGCAUCACGCUACGCAUGGAGCUGCUGGGUUGCGAUGACUAGAAACUCGUCUUAACCAUUUAUCCCAUCCUCUGUCCUCAUCCCGCCACUCCAUCACUUCAGGCAACAGCAGAAAGCGGAUCCUGAGCAGAAUCAUCUAUUUGCACUCCAUGAAGAUCAUAUUAGCUGAUUAGCUUGGACUUUUUAACGCUUCUAGCACUUUUCUGACUAGUGAUUUAUUUAUGUUUACACAGAUGAAAUUGACAUUACGGCUUUUGGUUACUAAACAGAGUCUUGCAUUGACUAUCGGUACUUUUAGAAAACUGUAUACUCAUAUAAAAUUAACUGUGUAGUGUGUGUACUUUACUCCUUCUAAUGAUACAAACAGCUACACAAGUCAGACAUCAUCACCAGCAUGAUUACGGUUUUUCACUUAGCCAGUUAUACGACUGCUGUCUUGUUACUCGAGCACAUAUCAGCAGGGUGGUGCAGGGCCUGUGCAAUAAAGUACAUUUCCACCUGUCCUGGAAGGACAGUUUGUCCACAAGUAGACAGUUGCACUCUGAUGAUCUCAACAAGCGUAAACGUUUUUCAUGUGAUAUCUGGGUUUCUUUUUUAACUUAAAUUGGCAUGUUUUUUUCCUCAUCCUUUUAUAUAAUCUCAUUCUAAUUCGUUCAUUUUUACAACAAAUGUGAAAUGUGUGGAAAAAAAUAGUUUGUUGUUUGUUUUUUUUAAAUUCAUUGUUGGUCUAGAACUAAGACCAUUUAUUAAAUACUAAAAACAAAUAAAAACAAGCUCUGCUGUGUGUUUUAUCAGCUCAA